UUCGUUUCUGAAAAAAACUUUAAAAUAGAGACUCCAUAUAUGGAAUCAGUUACUGAUUGCACAGUUUUUAGGCACAAGUUGUGUCCUAUUUUAAUUCCAUUAACUAUAUCAAAAUGUGAGUUUUGUUUGGAAUUAAGAAAAUAUUUAAAUUUAAAACAAUUUCGUCUAAAAGAAAAGCAGAACAAAAUUGCUUUGGAUAGUGGAAAUAAUUCAAUGUUUUCAAAUAAGAAAAACGACCGAUAUAUGUCCAAAGAAGAACUACUGUUUAAAAUAAAGAUCUUGGAAAAUGAUAAAAAAAAAAUAGCGACCAAAUCUUUGCACCUCCAGUGUAGAAUUAAUCAACUGAUAAAAAAAGAAGGACUAAUUGUUGAUGGCGAGACACACAAAGUUAUGAAAGAAUGCUUGAUAGACAAAAAUUACAACCCUUUCAGUGAAAGUUCCCCCCAAUAUUUAUUGUGGGAACAACAAAAGAUUCAGGUUUCACGUAAAGAUAAGAGGUCUAUGAAAUGGCACCCAGUUCUUAUUAGAUGGUGUUUGAGCAUUUACCUAAAAAGUCCUGAGACAUACAAACAUUUAACUAAGUCUGAGUUUAUGUACCUUCCAUGUAAAAACACUCUUUUAAAAUACAUAAAUUUUACAGAUCCAGGAUGUGGCUUUAAUGCAGAUGUUAUCUCACGAUUAAUUUUGAAUGCUGAUAUUAAAAAUUUAAAAGAACAUGAAAAAAAUGUUUCUUUAGUAUUUGACGAGAUGAAAAUCAAGAGUGGUCUUGUAUUCAGUAAAACAACUGGUAAAAUAGUUGGUCUGACCGAAAUGGGAUCAUUAAAUGAUGCUCUUGAUGAGUUUAAAAACAAAAUUGAAGGAAAUAAAAGCAUAAAUAGUCCAACUUUGGCAAAGUAUGUUAUUGUGUUUAUGGUUAGAGGAAUAUUUUCAUCUCUAUGCUAUCCAUUUGGACAUUUUGCGUCUUGUGGAUUUAAUAGUGAUCAAAUUUUUAAUUGCGCUUGGGAAGCAACCCGCAUUCUUGAAUGUAUUGGGUUUAAAGUUCGCUCUAUGGUAGCAGAUGGUGCUUCGCCAAAUCGUAAGUUCUUUCGAAUUCAUCUUGCUGAGAAUUAUGAAAACGUCAAGGAUACUACUGUGCAUUGGACAUGGAAUAUUUGGUGUUCAACUCGCAAACUUUACUUUUUUUGUGAUGUUCCUCAUUUGAUAAAAACUACUCGCAAUAAUUUGGAGAACUCUCAUUGGAACCAAAAUUCUAGAAAUCUAAUGAUUGAGGAUCAGUUUAUAACAUGGCCUCAAAUUAUGAAUGUCUAUGAAUGGGAUCUGGGCAUGUUUCAUGAUGCUGUUGGUCUACGAAUGGGACACAAACUCAGAGAUGAGCACAUACAGUUAACUCCACAAUCUAGAAUGCGGGUCAAUUUAGCUGCACAGGUGUUAAGUCAAACUGUUGUACAUAUGUUGGAGGAGCAGGGUAAAGCUGAAACAAGAUGUUUACAAAAAUUUAUAAAUUUAAUUGAUACCUUCUUUGAUUGCCUUAAUGUUUCAAGGCAAUUUAAUAAAACUAGAAAACCGGCUUUAGAUGUUUACAAAACUCAUUUGGAUAAAAGAUUUGAGUGGUUGAAUCAAACGUUUAUUAAAUUUUUAAAUGAAUGGGAACAAGCCAGUCAAAAUGUUAAAAAUUUAUCGAUAAAAGAAAAAGCCAAACUUUGCUUGAGUAAACAAACCCUAGAAGGGUUCAGAAUUACAGUGCACUCAUUUACUGAACUUGGUUCAACUCUUUUACAAGAAGAAGGUGUAGAGUACUUACUUUCAGAAAAGUUCAGUCAAGAUCCUGUAGAGGAAUACUUUUCCAAGCAGCGAAGAAGAGGGGGAGGAAACGAAAAUCCUUGUUUAGAAGAAUUUAAUCGUAACUUUCUAGGUUUAAAUAUUGCUGGCGACAAUCUCAUUCGAGCCUUAAAUGGAAAUUAUAGAGGAAGAUUUCAGGAAGAUCUAAAAAUUGAUGUUACUGACACCAUGCAUCUGCCGAAGAAAAAGCCGAAAAAAUAUUGAUUUUAUUUAUUUAAAAACAGUUACAUGUUAUUUCA